AUGCGACUACAUUCGGCCUACAGAAAUGUCCUCGUGGGGAUUGCUGAGAUGAGCCUGUCACUGAAGGUGACAAUGCUGACGCUGUUGUCGUGUGCUAACGCGUCUGUGGUAGUUCUCACGCACUAUGUACGCACACGUAAGGGCGCCAUGUUUUCAGCCUCGUCCGCUGUUCUGAUGGCGGAACUACUGAAGGUCGGGGCCUGUCUACUGGCCAUGUUCAUACGACGUCCGUCCACCUGGCUGUCUAACGUCUACUCUAUCACACUUGGAGGGCUCCAGGAAUGGGCUCGGGUGGCCGUCCCCGCCAUGCUGUACGCCGUCCAGAAUAAUCUGGUCUUCUUUGCAUUGUCAAAUCUCAACUCAGUCGUAUUCCAGGUAACUUAUCAACUGAAGAUACUGACAACGGCUCUUUUCUCGGUGCUCCUACUCCAGAAGACGCUCACCGUCACCCAAUGGCUAUCUCUCAUGCUGCUGUUUGCUGGGGUGGCAGUAACACAGAUCAAGGGAGAUCACUCCGGGCACACUCCCACAGCUCACCACGCAGAAUCCAUGGCACUAGCAGCAGUGAUAGGUGCAAGCAUUUUGUCUGGAUUUGCAAGUGUCUACUUUGAGAAGAUUCUCAAGGGGGGUGGUCAGUCUAUCUGGGAGAGGAACAUACAGCUUGGCAUCCCCGGGGCAUUGUGUGCAACGGUCACCCUGCUUGUUAAGGAUAGCCAGUACCUCAUGGACAGAGGCUUCUUCUAUGGCUAUGACUGUUGGGUGUGGCUGGCUAUUCUUCUCCAGUCGCUUGGAGGGCUUCUGGUAGCUUUUGUUGUCAAGGUCAUGGACAAUAUUUUGAAGACGUUUGCGAUGGCUUUAGCCAUACUGUUGUCUUGUGCCGCUUCCUUCUUCUUGUUUCACACGGGUAUCACUAUUCAAACAUUGGUCGGAGCGCAUCUGGUCAUAAUCGCAAUGUUUUUGUACGGUUGUGAUACGGCUAGAUUUGCUUCUACUCGCCACAUAGUCAUACAGGCAUAUAGCAGAGAACUUGAAAUCAAUACAAGCUACAACGACAGACAUACCGACAGCUUGGACACUUCAGACAAACCUGCUCAGCACACCAAGAGCAAGAUUUGUUCCGCCAUUUUCGAGAAUUGA